CUCUUUUGUUGUCAGGCUGUCAAAGGUGUUGUUUUUUUUGAAGCUAAUUUUUUUUUGAAUUGGAUUCUUUGUUUUGCUAUCUGGUGGAUUUAUCUGAGCUUUGAAUUUUUCGUCUACCUUCGUCUUUCUGAGCUCCUUACUUUUCACAAAUCGUCGUGAAUUCUGUGAACCUGAACCUGAUAUUAAGUUAUCCCAGUUAUUGCUGUGAUUCUAGUUAUUGUUUUUUGGCUGGUUAUCGUUAUUGAAUAGACUGACUUGAUAUUCUGUACUGUAUUGUCCUCGAAUUCUAAGUUUAUACCUACUUUGCUUUAGCGAUUAUUCUUCAGCCGUUCAUCUUUGCAUCUCGUCAAAUACCAUAUAGAUAAUGAGAAGUAUCAAAUCUGUUGUCGUUGGUGAUGGUGGUGUUGGUAAGACCUGUUUGUUGAUUUCCUAUACCACCAAUACCUUCCCAAAUGAUUAUAUUCCCACUGUGUUCGACAACUACUCGGCCUCAGUGAUGAUUGAUGGUGAGCCCAUCAAGCUUGGUUUGUGGGAUACCGCUGGUCAGGCAGAAUACGAUAGAUUGAGACCCUUGUCGUAUCCACAGACAGAAAUCUUCUUGGUGUGCUUUUCAGUCAUAAGUCCCGAUUCCUUCCACAACGUGAAAUCCAAAUGGAUACCAGAAAUAUUGCAUCACUCGCCUAAGGACAUAUUGAUCUUGUUGGUCGGUACAAAGAUCGACUUGAGGGACGAUUUGCAUGUAUUGGAUGAAUUGAACGACAAGAAUUUGAAGGCUAUCAACGUAGAACAGGGUAACAAGUUGGCAAGAGAAGUCGGUGCUAUCACUUACUUGGAAUGCUCGGCUGCCACUCAGGUUGGUGUUAAGGAAAUCUUUGACUAUGCCAUCAGAGCAGUUUUGGACCCUCCCACCAGAGGCGACUACGUUGCUGCUUCUUCGCAGGGUCAGGGUUCUGGUCCAACCAAAUCCAGCAGUGUUGCUCCUGUUAACGCUAGCAAGGGAGGCAAUAGAAGAAUCAAGAAAGCUAAGAGAUGCACCAUUUUGUAAGCUUCUCAUAACAAACCCUCCCUUGCUUUGAAAGACAGCCAUUGAUAUAUAUUGUCAAUAGAUAGUUCAUUCUUUCAAACUGUCUUUCUAUCUCUCCCCUCCACUUCUUUAGUUCGGCAAAGACUAUGUAUUAUCUACCGUUAUUUCUAUUGUUCGAACCCUUAACAUACAUAUUCUUGCUUCAUCGUACAAAUAUAAUACUUUUACGUCU